AUGCCACCCCCAAUGCCUCUGGGUGGCCAAGGGCUGGCCCUCCGCCCAACAGCAGUUUCGUCCUUGAGGUGUGCGGUGGCUUCAGCAGCAACGAGCAGCGCUAGGCAAUUCACCACGUCUCGCCCUCACCAAAAGGUCCAGAUCCCGCCCGAGUCGCCCAAGUUCAUCAACCUCCCGGAGCCGCCUCAGUCCAAGGUGCUCCCCAGGGUCCGCAACAAGGGAAAGCUCCCCGUACCCAGACAAGUCUUCGACCUGCGUCAGCGUCCCCCGGGGACGCCCAGCCACGGUCGCAAGGACCCGCGUCUUCAGCCAGGCUACGUCGACACUGUCAUGCCCAGGUCCAAAGCCGAGCUUGAGGGCAAGGACGCCGCCAGGACACCACUCCAGCAGUGGCGCAGACAGUUAACCGACAACCGCAGGGCCGCCCUUGAGGAGGGUCUCAGGGGCCUCUACAAGCGUCAGUUGAAGAAGGACAAGGUUGAGCGCCACGAGAAGACGCGGCUCCGUCGCGAAGACGCCGCCGCCCUCAACGCCCCUGAGCGAAGAGACGAUUUCUUCAACCGUUCGACGAUCCGCGCCGACACUAUCAGCACCAAAGUUGAACUUGACCCCCUCCGCCACCAACAGGCCGCCGAAUCGGCCGAGCGCACUGCUGCCGUUCUCCAGGCGCGGGCUGAGCGCCGUCGCGACUCCUUGCAGGAGCUGUACAUGGCCGCCAGAAAUUUCAUUGUCACCGAGGAGGAACUCACAUCGCGCAUCGAGACCCUCUUCUCCGAAGAACACCAUGCCCACGUCGAUCCGAACACGGGUAAAAAGGCCGAGAACAUUUGGACGGCCAUGGGCAAGCCCUUCAAGGUCUCUGAGCGCAUGGCCAACUUUGCAAGGACCUCCAAUGACGACAGUCGCCACUCGAACGAGGCUAGGGAGAUGGCACGCCAGAGGAGUGUGGUCGAGGAGAUUACGGGCGGAAGACUUUAG